UUGUGCGUGUUCGUGGUUGUAGUCGCAUUGGUGGUGGCAAAGGGUGACACGCGGUGGUUGGCAGUUGAGAGGUGCGCUCGUGAAUAGAGUUGGUAAUUAAUACUAGCUCAGUGGUAAAAGCCCACAAACGAUUCUUGCAUCCCCGCCUCCGCAUUGUGUUCAGGAAGUGUGCGUGACUGAAAAUACACCUGACGUUUCGGAGUUCCUGUUUUUGUGAAAAUGCCUCGUCGUGGUCGUGCUGCUGCCCCGGCGCCUCGGGCACCGCCCCGGGCCGCCGCGCCGCCUCCUCGGCCGGCUCCGGCUCCGGCUCCGGCCCCGGCUCACAGCUCGGUGCCGGCCGCCGCUCCGGCUGCCCAUCCGCCGGCGCCGAUGGCGGCGCCCUCGCAGGGGCCCGGCCUCAUGGGCCAGAUGGCGGCCACCGCCGGCGGCGUGGCCAUCGGCUCCACCGUCGGCCACGUUCUCGGUCACGCGCUGACCGGCGGCGGCGGCGGUGGCGGCGCGGCGCCGGCCGAGGCGGCGCCGGCGCCGGCGCCGGCCGCUCCUGCACCGCUCUACCCCUCGCAGGGCAUGUCGGGCGGCGGGCCGAGCGAGCCGACCGGGCCCUGCGCCUGGGAGGUGAAGCAGUUCCUGCAGUGCGCCCAGAACCAGUCGGACAUUUCGCUCUGCGAGGGCUUCAACGAGGCCUUGCGCCAGUGCAAGGCGUCCAACAGGAUGUAACGGAUCGAUAGCGUCGCCGUUGAAGCCGUGACCCGGGAUGCUAAAUUUAGUGUCGUCUUGACCGUCUGCCAGCCGGCCGGUGCCACUCUCCUCCCACGGGCACGCCCUGUGAGCCGUAGUCACGUGUAGAUGUUAACCCGUGAUUGGGACAACGCCAGGCGCGGCGCGCAGCUGUACACUGCGCGUCCCGUGUCAGGGGAUGCAAUAUACAUCAGGCGUAGA